GAACAAUUCACAUGCGCAGAACACUGCAGUACCACCAUCAGGACCAGUACGUCGCCAGUUCCAUAGAGAGAAGUUGCUCGUAUCAUUUCUUUAUCUUGCGCCGUUAUAUAAUAACGUACUCAUUUUCAAAGGUAGAUUUAAGGUUUUGGUCAAAAACCAAAAAACAGGACCUGCACUGCGAACAUCGCCGUGAGGAUGAAAACGAAUUUCACAAAUAAGAACAAUUACAAAGCCUGAAGCGUGGAUAUCUUAAUUCUCUUCAAACGGUGUCUUAUAACACUGCAACUCCUGAUGCUAAAUAAGGAGCGUCGUGCUUAAGAGGUGUUUUUCUAUAUUUUUUUCUUACAACAAAAUCUGAAGGGGUUCUUCAUUUAAUGGACGUUACUGUUUAGUGUGUGAUGCACAUCAAUGUAUUGCCGUACUCGUUUUCUGUCAUAAUGGCUGCUCUGUACCAGAGCACGGAUUCUUCCUCUCCGGAUAAAUAUCUCGCACUCAAGGAUGUGAGAGAGGUAAAAGAGGAGACGACCCUGGACGAAAAGCUGUUCCUCCUUGCUUGUGAAAAAGGUGACUAUUACAUGGUGAAAAAGCUCCUAGAGGAGAAGAGACAUGGCGAUUUUAACAUAAACUGCGUGGAUGUGCUGGGGAGAAACGCGGUGACGAUAUCCAUAGAGAAUGAGAACCUGGACAUACUGCAGCUGCUUCUGGAUCAUGGCUGUCAGACAACAGAUGCACUGCUCGUCGCUAUUGACUCAGAAGUGGUGGGAGCCGUCGAUAUCCUGCUCAAUCAUAGACCACGGAGGUCCUCCAAACCGUCGAUAGCAAAACUGAUCCACCGUAUUCAGAACCCAGAAUACUCCACGACAAUGGAUGUCGCCCCUGUCAUUCUAGCAGCUCACCGAAACAACUAUGAGAUCCUCACCAUGCUGCUCAAACAGGACAUCUCCCUUCCAAGGCCUCAUGCAGUCGGCUGUGAGUGCACGCUGUGCAAUGUCAAAAACAAGAAGGACAGUCUCCGCCACUCCAGGUUUCGUCUGGAUAUCUAUCGUUGCCUGGCAAGCCCUUCUUUGAUAAUGCUCACUGAGGAAGACCCAAUACUGAGAGCCUUCGAGCUAAGUGCUGACCUGAAAGAGCUCAGUCUUGUGGAAGUGGAGUUCAGGAAUGACUAUGAGGAGCUGGCGAAGCAGUGUAAGAUGUUCGCCAAAGACCUGCUGGCUCAGGCCCGCAACUCUCGAGAACUGGAGGUGAUCCUGAACCACACGUCCAGCGACGAGCACGUGGACAAGCGGGGCCUCCUGGAGGAGCGAAUGAACCUCAGUCGUCUCAAACUGGCCAUCAAGUACAACCAGAAAGAGUUUGUGGCCCAGUCAAACUGUCAGCAGUUCCUCAACACAGUGUGGUUCGGGCAGACGGCCAGCUAUCGCCGCAAACACACGUGCCUGAAGAUCCUGACAGUGCUGACUGUGGCUGUGCUCUGGCCCAUCCUGUCUGUCUGUUACCUGCUGGUGCCCAGGUCCCGUGUGGGGCAGGUCAUCCACACGCCCUUCAUGAAGUUCAUUAUCCAUAUGGCGUCUUACUUCACCUUCCUGCUCCUUCUCAACCUCUACUCCCUGGUGUACAACGAGGGCAAAAAGAACACCAUGGGCCCAGCCCUGGAGAUGAUCGACUACCUGCUGAUUUUGUGGAUUAUCGGAAUGGUGUGGUCGGAUGUGAAAAGACUGUGGUAUGAAGGCCUGGAAGAUUUUUUGGAAGAGUCUCGCAAUCAGCUCAGCUUUGUCAUGAACUCCCUCUAUUUGUCAACUUUCGCCCUCAAAGUGGUAGCACACCACAAGUUCAAAAACAUACAAAACACAGAAGACAGGAAGAACUGGGAUGCCUUCCACCCUAUUCUGGUGGCAGAAGGACUGUUUGCCUUUGCCAAUGUCCUGAGUUACCUUCGCCUCUUCUUCAUGUAUACAACCAGCUCAAUCCUAGGGCCCUUACAGAUUUCAAUGGGACAGAUGCUGCAAGAGUUUGGCAAGUUCCUGGGUCUGUUUCUUCUUGUGCUCUUCUCCUUUACCAUUGGUUUGACGCAGCUAUAUGGCAAAGACCAGAAGGACCCCAGCAAAAGUGGAGGGAAAGACUGUGAGGGCAUUUUCUGUGAGCAACAGAGCAACGACACAUUUUACUCGUUCAUAGGGACCUGCUAUGCCUUGUUCUGGUAUAUCUUUUCACUGGCGCAUGUUGCACUGUUUGUAACGAGGAUCAGCUAUACUGAGGAGUUACGGUCAUUUGUUGGUGCCUUGAUUGUUGGCACAUACAACAUAGUGGUUGUGAUUGUCCUGACCAAGCUUCUCGUGGCUAUGCUCCACAAAAGUUUUCAACAGAUUGCGAACCACGAAGACAAGGAGUGGAAAUUUGCCAGGGCCAAGUUGUGGCUGAGCUACUUUGAUGACAAGUGUACACUGCCUCCUCCCUUCAACAUCAUACCUUCCCCCAAGACCGUCUGCUAUCUUGUCACCAGUCUCAGCAAAUGGAUCUGCUCUCACACCACAGCGGGCAAGGUCAAAAGACAAAACAGCCUGAAAGAGUGGAGGACCCUGAAACAGAAACGAGAUGAAAAUUAUCAGAAGAUCAUGUGCUGCCUUGUGCACCGAUACCUGACUUCCACCAGGCAGAAGCUGCAGAGUACAGAUCAGGCCACAGUGGAGAAUCUCAAUGACCUCAGGCAGGACCUUUCCAAAUUUCGAAAUGAAAUGAGAGACCUCCUUGGCUUCCGAACCUCCAAGUAUGCUAUGUUUUACCCCAGAAGCUAAUUCCUUUCUUAGUCCUCGGUGAGAUUAAAGCCAGAUUGUCAGAAGAUGUCUCUUUGUGCUGGACAGCAGAGAACGUUGAACUUUACCUGGAACUCACUGGAGCAUCUUUCUUAUAAAGCCUCUGAAGAUGCCUUCCUUGUAUGACAUGCUCGUGUUCCUUGGGCUUUUUUUUAACUCCUACUCUUUUCAACGAAAAGAUCAAAUAAAAAUUUCGGAAAACACUCUUUUCCCACAACUUAGUCUUUGCUCUUUUUUUAUUUGCAGGCUUUGGUAAUUAUUCUGAAAGAGGGAUGGAACAUUGAUUGUUAUUAAGGAAAGAGCAAAAAAGAAAACCCCAAAAAACACAAAGGAAGUUUGUGUGGAGUUUAAUUAAACAUUGUAGAGGUGUUCAAAACUACGUUAUUGAUUUCAUGUGGUUAAACACUGACACUCUGUUGUAAAUAAAAUAUGUUGGCAUCCCUAUA